AUGUCGCCGCCGUGUGCCGCGUUCCCACCGUCGAAACUUGACGUGCACGUCCAGGCCGAUGUCAAGGGGAAGAAGCGCAAGCUAUCUGGAGGCGCCGACGUCGACCUGACCAAGUGCGCGUUGAAGGAGAUGACGCAGUACAGGUGCUUUGUCGAGAACUCGCAGUCCCGAAACAGCCCGGUCCGCUGCUGGCCGAUUCACCGACUCUUCCGACAAUGUCAGGAUAAAAAGGGCACGUUCACGGUUGAGACCACGGCUUGGGAGGGUUCAGAUUCAAACCCCACCACUCGUCACAAUUCUCAAGCUACAGGUAACAGCAAAUCGCAAGACGGCCAUUCCAAUGAGCCGUCAUACCAUCAAUGGUCUCAGGCAUGGGAGGAUGAGUGA